AUGGCACAUCUCGAACAGCUGAUAGACAACAAUUCACUUAAAAUUGCAUUUUGUAGAUUUGCUCUAAUUUACAGCUCUCUAAUUAUUGUUGAAAGAUGACGGAAAAAGCAGCAAAUCCAUAUGAUAUGGAUAGUUCCACAUUCGACGCCGAAAAGUAUUUGGAGAAGUUACUCAAGGAUUGCACUUUAAAGCAGAUCAUGGACACUGAAACGGCAGUAAUCAAAGACACUCAAACACUACAUUCGGACAUGCAGACAUUGGUCUAUGAAAAUUACAAUAAAUUUAUCUCGGCGACAGACACUAUACGCAAAAUGAAAAAUGACUUCAAGCAAAUGGAGUCGGAUAUGAACUUACUACGCACAAAAAUGAAUACAAUCACAUCAUUUAGUGAGCAGAUUACUGACACGUUGCAAGGCACUCGAUCGCAACUAUGCCGUCUAUCCGAAAAGCACUCUCUACUUAAAAGAUUGCAGUUUUUAUCUUCGUUACCAGCAAAAUUAAAGAGUCUUAUUGAGGAGCAAAAUUAUGCACAAGCAGUUCAAGACUAUUUACAUGCACAAAAAGUUUUCGCACAAUAUGGCCAACAACCUUCGUUUGAUGGUAUUCAGCGGGACUGUGACGCUAUUUUGCUUGACUUGAAGGAGCGUUUGCGGACGGACUUUCAAAUGGCUAGCAAUACAGCGCAAUCAUUAAGUGAAAUUGGUGAGCUGUUAUUGCAGUUGGAGGAAAAGCCAUCUGAUUUAGCUAAUGAGAUGUUGACAUGUGCGUCAAAGCGUUUGCACGAACAAAUUGUGCUGCUGCAAGAUCAAACUGAACGCGAUAUGAUUGAAUUUGUGGAUAUGGGCAUAGAAGGAUUCCUUAAUGACUUGACUUUAGUAGUUACUUCGUUCUUUGACAUGUUUGUUGCAAAGAGCCAUGACAAGGAAAGCGAUGAUUUCCAAUUGCAUGCUUUGAGCCAAUUAAAUAUAUUUCUAAAUCAAAAUGUCGACAAAUACUUGACGCUCGUGCAAGAUCGUGUUGAAUCGGACAUAGGCUUUGGUGAUACGCAAAUAAUGUUGCGCGCACUGGAUCGCCUCCACCGACGUCUGCUGGCCAUGCGCAAUAUUUGUCGCGGGUUGGAUAUACAACGCAACACAAUAGACAUCAUAAUCGCAGCAGCACAUCAACUUUGCGAGGUCCACACCAAAACUUUGAAAGACCACUUCUCCGAUAGUCUCAGCUCAGUGCGAUUGGCAUUGGUAUCCGCUAAAAGUGACAGUAAUAGCUCUAACUUAAAUGAAUUAAUCACCAAUUUGUACAUCUCUAUGGUGGAGAAGGUGAAAGGAGUACUACAAGAUUUAUUGGUAUUUCUGCAGACCGACUGGUCUUUCAAUAUUAAGGCAGAAUACAAAAGAGAUCUAUGCGUGGAAGGCAUACGGGAAAACUUGUUAAUUGGCUUUAUGCGCCACAUUUCGAGCGUUAUGUGUUCUUUCGCCGACGCUUCAAGUUCAAGCCCCCCUAAUCUUCUGUUAGUUUUGUCAAAAACUUGUCUCGAAAUGGAACAAAAUGGUGUACACACACUGAUUACUUUGGUUGACGACUUAUAUGAAAUCGAUUCGGAGAAUAGUGCAAUAUUAACACAUGAAACUGAAAUGUGCGCAGAAAUGCGCGAGACUGCUCAAACACUACUUGAUGCGUAUGUGCGUUUGCAGGGUACAAAUAUUUCACAGAUGCUUCGUAAAAGUGUUGAAACACGCGAUUGGCUAAAUUGUCUCGAGCCGCGUUCAGUGCGAGCUGUAAUGAAACGCGUUGUGGAGGAACUCGGCUCUAUUGAGUCUGUUGUUGCCAGUCUUUAUGAGGCGGGUGUGCGCACGACAGCCAGCAGCGAUUCAAGCCGCAAGACCCACUUCAGCACUUUAACCACAUCUAAACAGCAGUAUCGCUCCAAUUGGUCUAAUUAUACACCAUCACAAUUGGAGUCUAGUUAUGUCUCGAAUAUUCAUCGUUUAUUUUCGGAGCGUGUUGACAUUUUUACCAACGUGGAUUUUUCGAAAGUUUCGAUUGUGACUGGAAUUAUAAAAAUUGGCUUAAAGACGCUUUUGGAAUGUGUGCGUUUACGCACAUUUAGUAAAUUUGGUCUACAACAAGUACAAGUGGAUACCCAUUAUUUGCAAAUGAACCUUUGGCGUUUCGUAACAGACGAGAAUCUUGUAAAUUUUUUGCUGGAUGAGAUACUCGGCUCGGCAGUACAUCGCUGCUUGGAAUCUAUACUGAUGGAGCCGAAUGCCGUUGAAAUUAUAUGCGAGCGUGGUUAGUAUAAUUU